AUGGCUCCAGCGGAGUUAAGAGAGUUAAAGAAGAAGCUUCAGGAGUUUCUCGAGAAGGGAUUCAUCAAUCUGAGUGUGUCACUUCGGGAUGCAUCGGUAUUAUUUGUGAAGAAGAAGGAUGAGAGUAUGCAGGUGUCCAUUGAUUAUCGCCGGCUUAAUAAGGUCACUAUCAAGAAGAAGUAUCCGUUUCCACACAUUAAUGAUUUGUUUGAUCAGUUUCAGGGAGGUAAGGUGAAUGUGGUCGCAGAUUCCUUGAGCAGAAUAGUCGAGAGUAUGGAUAGUUUGGCAUUUAUUUCAGCAGAGGAGAGGUCUUUGGCUUCGGACAUUCAUUCCUUAGCUAAUCGACUUGUGAGGCUGGAUAUUUUAGAUCCCAUUCGAGUUCUUGUAUGUGUUAUGGCUGAGUCUUCUUUAUUCGAGCGGAUUAAGGCUCGUCAAUUUAAUACCCGCACUUGCUGGUUCUUAGAGAGACGGUACUAUGAGGUGAUGCCAAAGAGGAAGAAGCGUUAUGCGGAUCAGAAAGCGCGUGAUCUGUCAUUUAUGGUGGGCGAGAAGGUACUUUUAAAAGUUUCGCCGAUGAAGGGUAUCAUGAGGUUCGGAAGGAGGGGCAAGUUGAAUCUGAGGUUCAUCGGUCCAUUCAAGGUUUUGGAGCGAGUUGAUGAGGUUCCAUACAGGCUUACUUUGCCUCCUAGUCUAUCGGGAGUUCAUCCGGUAUUUCAUGUGUUUAUGCUAUGGAGGUACCAUGUCAACGGGUCCCAUAUGUUGGAUUACAGCACAGUUCAGCUGGAUGAGACCUUGGGUUAUGAGGAGAAUCUAGAUGCCAUUAUUGAUAGGCAGUGGAGGGGUCAGUCGGUCGAUAAGGUGACUAGGGAGACCGAGGAGGACUUGCGGAGCAUAUAUCCACACUUAUUCGGCACUUCAGGGUCCCGAGUGGCUCGAGUGAGUUUCAGACCACCCACAGCAAGGUUGAAGUUGGCAGAUUUUGCUAGUGUCUGGUGUGAAUCGCGAUCGCAGAGAUGGCAUCGUGACCGUAGAGAGCUGUGUGGGGCUCAGAGACAAUUUUUGAAUGUGAUCGUAUAA